UGUGAUGUUGUUGAAUGCUGUAAAGAUCCCACCUAUGGGGUAUAGCGCAUCGGAUCACAAGUAGUCUUCAUUAGAGAAAAGAAAAAGUCACCCUAUAGAAGUAACUAAUUUUGCCUCAUAAAGUAACUCAUAAUGUUAUGUUAGCAUAUUGAAUUAUAUACAGCUUUGUAGUUUUCCAUAUACUUAACAAAAAACUGACAGAAAUUGAAAAAUCUGCCAAAGUUACAGGUGCAGAACUUGCCCCCUAUCACAAUCUACUUACAUUCAUUGUUUCCUGCAGUCCAUAAGAAAGCAACGACUAUUCAAACAGCAAGGUCAAAGGGUAGAACAUUUUUUUCUGAAAGUCACCCAUUUCCAUUUUGACCAGUUGUCUAUUUCCCCAGUAAUAUCAUACAGUACCUUUACAGAUGGUUGAAGCAAAAGAGGAUAAAAUAAAGAUCAACAAGGCUCAUGAGUUCUACAGACCAGCAGCAGAAAGGGCAUCACUUCUAUACUUUAUCAUUAAUGACCUGAGCAAAAUAAACCCCAUGUACCAGUUCUCUGUGAAGAGCUGCAAGCAGUCCCACUUUGCUCUGUUCAGUUCUGUGACCGUGCCCCAGGACCAGUGUGUCCUGUGCAUAGUGGAUAUUCAGUGGAAAUGAAAAUAAGGAAACAUUGGGCAAAAAAAUUGUCAAAUGUUAUGAA